AUGGCUGCCGAAAAGGAAACCAUUGUGGCCAAGACCGACAUCAGUCAUCUCGAAGGCCAGGACAUCAUCGCCGCCCCCGAGAAUGAGCAGAAGAUCGAGGCCGUUGGCAGGCUGGAGGCUCUCGCCUUCAACUAUACGCCGGCGGAAGAAAGACGCAUGCUGCUGAAAAUCGACGUUAUCGUCCUCGGCUAUGUCUCGGGCGCCUACCUGCUGGCCUACAUGGACCGUGGCAACAUUGGCAAUGCCAACACCGCAGGCAUGUCGAAAGAUCUGCAUCUCAGUGACAGCCAAUACCAGUGGCUCCUGACUGCGUUGUACCUGGGUUAUAUCCUGUUCGACUGGCAGACUGUUUUCUACAAGAUCUUUCCCGCACGAUACUACGUCCCCACCGUCAUUGUCAUCUGGGGCACUAUUGCUGGCUGCUGCGGUGCCGCCCAAAACUUUGCGGGCAUGCUGGUCCUGCGACUCUUGUUGGGCAUCUUCGAGUCCUCCUACAGCCCCGGCCUGGCCUACUUCUUCUCGUUUUUCUACUACCGCAAGGAGAUGGGCCGACGACUAGGCUGGUACGUGUCGAUUGCUCCCCUGGGCGCCUCCUUCGCCGGAGCCUUCGCCUACUUCGUCACAAAACAUCACCAUGCCAUCGCCGGCUGGCGCGCGUUGUUCCUGGUCGAAGGUCUCCCCGCCGUUGCCGUCGGCCUUUUCGGAUAUUACUGGCUCCCCAGCAACCCUCAGGACUGCCAAUUCCUGAGCGACAAGGAAAAGAAGAUCGCGCGGGCCCGCAUGGUGCGGAUGGUCGGCAACGUCGAGCGCGACCGCAAGAUCAACCUGGGCAAUUUCUUCAAGUCGCUGCUCGACCUCAAGAACUGGCUGCCCACGCUCAUGUACUUCUCGUGCAACGUCAGCUACGCCUCGUUGCCCAUCUACAUCCCGACAAUCCUGCAGGGCAUGGGCUUCACGGCCUUGCACGCCCAGGGUCUCUCCGCUCCCCCUUACCUCUUCGCCUGCCUGGUCGUCUUGGCCGUGGGCCACUUGUCCGACCACUUCCAACGCCGCGGCAUCUUCCUGUCCAUCUGCUCCGGCACCGCCGCCGUGGGUUACCUGAUCCUCUGCCUCGUCGAGGUGGUGGGCGUCAAGUACUUCGCCCUGUACCUCGUCGCGGGCGGGCUUUACCCGUGCAUCGGCCUCGUCCUGUCCUGGGUCGCCAACAACAACGGCAGCGACAGCAAACGCGGCGCGGGCUUCAUCCUCAUGAACUUCGUCGGCCAGUGCGGCCCCCUGGUGGGCACGCACAUUUUCCCCGCCAGCGAGGCCCCCCACUACAGGAAGGGCUUCUGGAUCUCGUUCGGUUUCUGCACCUUCGCCUCCACCCUCGCUCUCUGCCAGGUCAUGUGGCUGAGGCACCUCAACAAGAAACUCGACGAGAAAUACGGCCCCGUCCGCGAGAUCGUCAACGCCGAGGACGAGAUUGGCGCAGAGACCGACGACAGCGAGAACUUUAGGUACAUCUUGUAA